CCUCAACAGCUCACAGCAAACUCAACCACUCGAAUUCCAUGAUCGGCCUUCUAACCCCCACUAUGCUGACCAGGACCAACCUGGCGCUUCGAAUCGCGCAAUUCCUUUGUUGCCUGCUGGGUUUGUCGUUCGUGGCAGCGGGUGGCAUCGCCUUCCACUCGUCCAACUUCGUCUUGCUCAUGAACUACACGGGAAUGCUCUACACGCUGUGGUUCGUCGUGGCAGUGGAGAUUCUCCACUAUUCCGCUCGCCUCUCAACGCGUGUCGAGCAAGGGAUCGACGGUGUAUUGGCUCUCAUGCUCUUGAUCGGAGGUAUUUGCCUCGCUGCGUCGGACUACAUCAGCUACUGCGACCGCUUGUGGCACUGCCACAACCUCAAGGCUGCAGUCGCCUUCACCUUCAUCGGAAUGUUCGCCUUCUUGGCGUCGUUGGUGUUGUCUAUCCUCGCGACGAACAAGGCGACGUCGGGCCCAACUGAAGUGCCAGGACAGUAUCACAUGGAGGUGACGCCGACGGAUGCUCUGUCCCCAGUUCAGGACCUCAACUCGCCCGGUGCCAAGGUGUAGGACAGUCGAUUUAAAUGCGAAGUGCUCACUAAAUAUACGCACGCUUUCCUCCCG